GCGAGAGUCAGGUGACCUGGCAACAUGUGUAGCGCGGGCAUGGCGGCGCCCUGUGAUUACAAAUACGCACCGUGAGUUCUUGUUGACAGUACUCGUUGCUUUAGCGCAAAGACCCUUAAAGACGUGAUUUUAAAAAUAUAAUAAAACACAUAUGUCGAAGAAGAUCUUUUUGAUCCAGAGCUAAAGAUUCGUACGGUUAUGCGCAUUUCAACUGAAAAGAACGAGAACAACAACAACAGUGUAAUGUGGAUUAUAGAUGUUGCUUCAUGUUUCAUUCACACAAACAAGUAAUUUUUGGCCAGCAGUCCAAAAGAGCAAUCCUUGCACUUUUUGUUUAGUAUUGUGAUGAGUUCUUCAAAAACUGAAAACACAUCAGUGUCUUAAGACCAACAAACCCAUAGCCAAAUCGACCUGUCAAGAAGACAGGAUGUCAGGUGCAGGAGAGACCAGUGAUGGUGCUGCAGGGCAGGAGGCAGAAGCUGAUGGCGAACCUCCUCAUGGGGCUUGUCACCUGGAACAGGUGAAGGACGAUAAGGAAGCACCACCGGCAGCUAAACAGCCUCGACUGGAGCACGCGUGUCUCGAUUUACCCACGACGGAGUCGCUUGUUGAGCAUGCAGCAGAUUUAACUGGAAGUCAUGGGAAUGCUGGGACAGAAGAAGAGGUGGCCAGGCAUUCAGAAAAUGAAAUGGCAAGUGUUGUUCAAGGACAGGAAGUGGAAACGGAGGUGAAAUGGCAUGAAAAUGGAGAAGAGAACAGAGAAGUGUUCGCACAGACCGAGGAAGAAAGAGUAGAUGAGACCGAGGAGGAGGAGAAGAGUCCAGAGGACAUUUCUACAGAGCAGCAUUAUCAUGGCCUCGAGUUCAGCCAGAAUCCACAGAUGCUGACGGGCUCCUGGGCUGAGUACACCCACACCACUGAGAAUUACCUCAGAGGCUGCAAAUGGGCUCCAGAUGGUUCCUGCAUUGUCUCAAACAGUGCUGAUAAUGUUCUGCGUGUGUAUAACCUCCCACCUGAGCUAUACAGCAGUCGCUGGGACAUGCUCUCUGAGAUGAGUCCAGUGCUGAAGAUGGCAGAAGGAGAAACUAUCUAUGACUACUGCUGGUUCCCAAAGAUGAGCUCCAUGGACCCAGACACAUGCUUCAUCGCCAGCAGUAGCCGGGACAACCCGGUCCACAUAUGGGACGCGUUCUACGGGGACGUCCGUGCAUCGUUUCGACCCUACAACCACUUGGAUGAGCUGACGGCGGCCCAUUCCCUGUGUUUCUCGCCGGAUGGCUCUCAGCUCUACUGUGGUUUCGAUAAAAUCGUCAGGGUCUUCCACACCGAGCGUCCUGGGAGAGAGUGUGAAGAGAGGCCUACCAUGGUCAAGAAACAGGGUCAAACGGGCAUCAUCUCCUGUAUUGCCUUCAGUCCGUGUCAGUCCAUGUACGCUUGUGGCUCGUAUUCCCGUUCGACUGGCAUUUACUCCUGUGAGGACGGCUCUCUUUUGGCUCUGCUGCCCACCCGACACCAUGGAGGCCUUACACACCUGCUAUUCUCACCUAAUGGCUAUCACCUGUACACAGGUGGACGCAAGGACUCCGAGAUCCUGUGUUGGGAUCUUCGGGAACCGGGACGGGUUCUGUUCUCCAUGCAGAGGAGCGUCGAUACCAACCAGCGUAUCUACUUCGACCUGGACCGAUCUGGUCAGUAUCUGCUGAGUGGGGACACAGAUGGUUCAGUGUCAGUAUGGGACACCCUCACAGCACCACCUGAUGGAAAUGAAGAUUUACUGCAGCCUGUGUUGCAGUUUCAGGCACACAGAGAUUGUACUAAUGGCAUCAGUGUACAUCCUUUUAUGCCACUGCUGGCGACCUCCAGUGGUCAGCGUCAGUUCUGCUGGCCAUCUGACAGCGAGAAAUCAGAGUCCGAUUCAGAAGAAAAUGUGAUGAUUUCAGAUGGUGUUCGAAAAGACAAUGCUCUUGUGCUCUGGUGGGCCGGCCCUGUGGGAUCAACCAAUGAGAGGGAGCAGGAGGAGGAGCCAACAGUACUACAACAGAGAGCUUGAACUUUUGAAUCUGACAAAACUGCAUUUGUAAUGUCUUACAAUAAUGAUUAUUUUUCAGAUUGUAAUUCUUAGUGUAUUUUAUUUACUGAACAUUUUUUAAAGUCUUUUUCAGAAGGUCUUGAAAUUGGGGUAUCUUAUACAUUUUAUUUAAAAUGUUUUUUGUGUCUAAGCUUUAGGACAAUCAGUGACUGCCUUAAAGCCAAAAUAGAAAUAAAUAAAAUCUAAACCAGUUUUUACAGUGCAUUAAAAAGUAACAUUCAUUUGAAAUAUGAAUAUACAAUUUUUUUCAUGAAUUGUGCUUGUAAGUGAUUCAGAAAUUGUCCAGUCUUUGCUGGAGCUUGAUGCCCAUCACAUUACAGUUUAGCAGCACAGAUUGUUCAUUUUUUUAUUUCAACUGGAGAUUUUUUUUAGGAUAUACAAUUAGUUUUGUGUCCGACUUCUAGUGUAUAACCUCAGUGAACAAUACAUCGUUGUUACUGUCUGAAACUGAGGUUCAUCCUUGUUAAAUGUGCCAUAUAUACUACAGUGAGCAGCUGUUAAUAUAUUUUUGUAAGCCAGUAAUCUGUUUUAUUGUGAGUAAAUGAGCUUGGCUAUAUGUGCCUCAGUGCUUAAGCUGAGUAUCCUACAGGUAUGCUUAUGUUUGUCUGUGUGAGUUUGUGAUUUUUUUCUAAUAUUGGUGUCUUGACACAAUGUUGGAGUGUUUACAAAUGUACACCUUUUUAA